CUAGCCCAGUGUCACUAGGUCAUUGGUAAAUUUAAAAAAAUACAUAUUUAUCACAGAUAUUUAUCUUAGUUGUAGGUUAUAUUGGUGUGUUUAAUUUUUUCAUGAUAAAAUUUCUAAUUAUGAAAGUAGUAUAUUUAUCUUAUAUUGUUAACAAUUAAAAUAUUUUUCAAGCGAUUGUAUUCAUGCAGUAGUCGUAAAGGAUCUGUGUACCAAUUUCUAAAACUGCAAACUGCAACUAGACUGUACUGUAUUUAAACCAUUGCUUCAUAGUUUCCAAUUUAAAUUUAGCAUUCAUGUAUUGUGUUAGCAUCAGUUUAGUAGAUGCUAUCGUAUAUGUAUAUAAUAGUUAAACAUUAUUUGAAUUAGAACUUGCUCCAAUUUAUCAUUUGCUUGGCAGACAUAUAUAGAUUUUUGAUGAAAUUCUAUGGAGCUCUAAUAUAAUCAAUAUGGAAAAUCAAAUCAGGUGUUUUGAAGAUAUUUUUUCUGAAGCUUUUAAUAAUGAGAAAGUAGUUACAGAUACAUCUUCUGAUCAGGUUGAUGUAGAAACAUCAGUAUUUAAUAUAUAUAAACAGUUUGAAAAGAAUGCUUCAAUGGAUCCAGAUUUACCGAAACUGAGCAGGCACACACAUAGUAAAAUAUUAAAGAAUUGGUUAAAAGGAUUACAUAAGAGUUAUGAAUGCUUAGAUGCCAGCAGAACAUGGUUGGUUUACUGGAUCCUGCAUUCUCUGUGGUUGCUAAAUGACUUGCCUGAUGCAGAGACUUUAUCCCAUAUUGUACAGUUUCUUUCUCACUGUCAGAAUGAAGAGGGUGGGUAUGGUGGUGGACCCGGUCAGUACUCUCACCUUGGUACUACAUAUGCUGCUAUUAAUGCACUUAGUAUUAUUGGAACAGAUGCAGCCUAUGACUCUAUAGAUAGGAGUUCCUUGCAAAAGUUUUUAUGGACACUUCGAGAUGUUGAUGGCUCCUUUGCUCUACAUAAAGGUGGAGAACAAGAUAUAAGAGGAGUAUAUUGUGCUCUUAGUGUAGCCAAAAUAACAAAUACAUAUACUGAUGCAUUGUUUGACAAGACAGCUGAGUGGCUAGUUAGUUGCCAAACUUAUGAAGGAGGAUUUGCAGGCUGCCCUGGCAUGGAAGCACAUGGGGGCUAUGCAUUUUGUGGCAUUGCAUCCUUAGCUUUAUUAAAUAAAUCACAUCUUUGUGAUGUUGAUGCAUUGUUACGUUGGUGUGUGAAUCGUCAAAUGCGUGUGGAAGGUGGAUUUCAAGGAAGAACAAAUAAGCUUGUAGAUGGAUGCUAUUCUUUUUGGCAAGGAGCAGCUUUUCCAAUUAUUAGUGCCAUUCUUUCCCAAGAUAAUAAAGAGAUGAUUGAAACAGUAUUUUUUAAUCAAGGUGCCUUACAAGAAUACCUACUUAUUUGUUGUCAAGCACGUGAUGGUGGUCUUAUUGACAAACCUGGCAAACUUCGAGAUAUAUACCACACUUGUUAUGCACUAAGCGGAUUGUCCGUGGCUCAGCACGGCACCGGCGCUGGUGAUCCUUAUGUUGUGGGUUCUCCUCGCAAUGAAGUGAAUAGAGUCCACCCCUUGCACAAUGUCGCGCCGCACCUAGUUUAUAAUGCAGUACAUUAUUUUAUCAGACAUCCACCUCCAGUGAAAGACAAAAAUUAGCUAAAUGUUUGUUUAAGUUACUCAUUAUUAUACUUAUACUACAAUUUCUAUAUACGAAUGUACAUAAUAUUUAUGUUAUAGUAGCGAUCGCAGUUUAUUGCGGGUUCGAAUAUAUUAUCAGUGGACCAGGGUCUCUUAGACAAGUGGCAAAUAAAUCUAUCUAUAGACACGUUGUCGCUAUCGCAUAUAUAAGAUUAAACGGGAUAAUAAUAAUAUAUCUAACUCUAUCGAUAUAUUCGCCUGUCACCUCUAGAAGCAGGUUUGUAACUUUUGAAUUGUAUGUAGUUUGUUCACUCUUGUGUGGCACAUAUUAUUUUUUUAAGUUUUUCAGUAAGUAUUUACUCUGAUCAACUUUGUUCCUUGGAUAAUCAGUACUUAUCAGUCUUUCAGUAAUGCUGCUACACUACACUUCCCAUUGCGCUUGUCCAUACCGAAAAUCAUAGUAAUUAAUUGAAAAGUUAAAAUGGUCAAAUAAAUUAUCUAUAUUAACA